AUGUAUGUGGUUCACAGGGGGGACAAAGGAGAUGAAAACGAAGUGGAGAGACCAGAAGAGGAAAAGGCCAGUGCUCCAACUCCUUCUGGAAAAGAAGAGGAGACUGCUGAAAACGGUGUAGUGAAAACGAAGGUAACAGUGGCUGAGGAUGACAGUGAUAGUGACAGCGAUGAUGAUGAGGAUGAUGUUCAGGUUACCAUAGGAGAUAUUAAAACAGGAGCUCCCCAAUAUAGCUAUGGAACAGCACCUGUGAAUCUCAACAUUAAGACAGGAGGGCGAGUUUAUGGAUCUUCUGGUGGAAAAGUUAAAGGGGUAGAUCUUGAUGCACCAGGAAGCAUUAAUGGUGUUCCACUUCUGGAAGUAGAUUUAGAUUCUUUUGAAGAUAAACCUUGGAGAAAGCCAGGUGCUGAUCUCUCUGAUUAUUUCAACUAUGGGUUUAAUGAAGAUACUUGGAAAGCUUACUGUGAAAAACAAAAGAGGAUACGAAUGGGUCUUGAAAUUUUACCGCUUACCUCAGCUUCAAAUAAAAUCAUGGCCGAAGACAAUAUUAUGGAAGUAACACCAGGUGCAGAGAUUCAAGAUGGCAGAUACAAUCUUUUUAAGGUCCAGCAGGGCAGAACUGGAAACAUAGAAAAGGAAGUGAUACUGCAGCCAAUCAAAGCUGAUUUCACAUCUCCUCCACCCCUUUUCAAAUCAGGAAUUCCAAACAGAAACAGCGCCUCUUCUCAGGCACAGACAAGCACUGCCUCCAGAAAAGCCAGUGCAGGCAUCAGGAAAUGGCAGGAACGAUAUGGGAGGGCCGGAUCACCUGACAUAAGGAGGUUGUCUGGUACCAUAGAUGUGAUUGGACAGACUAUCACUAUCAGCAGAGUAGAAGGAAGACGACGUGCGAAUGAAAACAGCAACAUACAGGUUCUUUCAGAACGAUCUAAUGCUGAAGUAGACAAUUUUACCAAGCCACCUCCAUUUUUCCCUCCAGGAGCUCCACCUACUCACCUUCCACCCCCCCCAUUCCUCCCACCCCCUCCAACUGUCAGUACUGCUCCACCUCUGAUUCCUCCACCAGACGGACGCCUUGUUUUUUGGAAAGACAGAAUGAAGAAAAAAGGAUUUUUUCCAGAGUUAUGGCCUCACAGAGCGGGGACAGAAACUAAUGUUCAGCUCACUCACCUUCCCUUUCCUGCUCAGGCAAAAGCUUUGGCAAUCAAUUCAAAUAUCAGUAUACCAAUAACUGUGCCACCACCAGGCUUUCCACCCCCUCCUGGAGGUCCACCACCUUCCCUUAUACCAACAAUAGAAAGUGGACAUUCCUCCGGUUAUGACGGUCGCUCUGCUCGUGCAUUUCCAUAUGGUAAUGUCACCUUUCCGCACCUUGCAGGUUCUGCUCCUUCAUGGCCUAGUCUUGUGGAAACCAGCAAGCAGUGGGAUUAUUAUGCACGAAGGGAGAAAGAAAGGGAGCGAGAGCGAGAGAGAGACCGAGAAAGGGACCGGGAUCGGGAUCGGGAUAGGGAACGAGAUCGGACCAGAGAGAGAGAGAGGGACCGAGAUCAUAGUCCAACUCCAAGUGUGUUCAACAGUGAUGAAGAACGAUACAGAUAUAGAGACUAUGCAGAAAGAGGUUAUGAGCGUCAUAGAACAAGCAGAGAGAAAGAAGAACGACACAGAGAAAGGAGACAUAGAGAAAAAGAAGAGACUAGACACAAGUCAUCUCGAAGUAACAGCAGGCGUCGUCAUGACAGUGAAGAAGGGGACAGCCAUAGAAGACAUAAACACAAAAAAUCCAAAAGAAGCAAAGAAGGCAAAGAAACCGGUAGUGAACCUGCCCCUGAACAAGAAAACACUGAAGCUGCCCCCGCAGAAUAGGCAUGUGUGAUUUUUGCCUACUUGCAUAUAUUAGUGCCAGAAAUAGAUUACUAUAAAUCUUGUUAUUUUUCUGGGUAUUAAAGAAAUUUGCUCUUAAUCUUGUUCUAUUAGUUGAAACAUAAGGUUAAUUUGUUUUUUGGAAAAUAAAAGAAUGAAUUUUUCAUGUUAA